AUGAAUGUGCGCUGCGGCGUUCUGCGCACAUCCCGUGUAGUCGUUGGCGCCUCCCCAUCACCGGUGGAAAGCGCAGCGGAAGCACUCGUUACGCUCGUGCAGAGCUGCUACCCCUCUGCUUCUGUCGUCUUCCCAUGCGGCUUCGGUGAAGGACGCCAGUCUCGUGGGGCCUCCGGCGACCUCGAAGUAUUGCAGGUGCGCCUGCAGUCGAAGCUCGCUGCACGCGGUGAGCUGCCAGGUGAGUUCGGUGCUGCGGGUCGAGUGCUCGCGCGAAGGUGGUGGGCCACUGCGGCGCCAUCCACGCGCUUGCGUCCUCGAUGGUGGGAGGUCGUUGCUCGACUGAGCCCACCAAGCAACGUGCAUUCUUCUCUCUUCGCAAAUAACCUCAAUGUGCCUCCCCUUUGUCCUGACGCGGUGGUGUACAUUGACGGCGUCGAGGUCAUCGAUGUGGCCAACAUGGUCGCACCACAGCUCAUGGAGGACAUUCCGAAUAUCGUGGCGGUCGACAACGUUGGGUCUGGCACCAGCACGCACGGCGGGGAACGGCAGGAGCCGACGUACUGCCGGCGCAAGGUGAACUGGGAACGCUACUGGCAGGUUAAGCGGUGUGCUAUGCGAGGGGCUGAUUUGAUGGAACUGUCGCUCCCCAUUUCGGCGCCUUCCGCGAUGGGUGACCGAAGUUUCAGUCGGGCGUCUCUGCUCGUUGCUGUAGCGAACCCUAAUGUCUCGCUGUCAACACUGCACCGUCAGAAGAACUCGUCGCGACGGGGGCCACUGCGCACCGCCUUCGGCUACUCGCUGCCUUGUCUGCGGAACGCUUUGCCCGUCGCAGUAGUGCGGAGUGUGCGGCUACUGCGUGCGUGGCAACAGCGCGUUCUGCAAAGCAGUGCCGGUGCUGGUGGUGGUGCCGCUGCACCGUCCACCAGCGCCUUCUGGGUGUCCGCUGUGGGUCACCUACUCGAUACCCCGCUGGAGAGCAAAUUGAAGCAUCCGGUACUGCAGGUGAUCGAAGACUGGCUGGAGGCAUCACCUGAGAAAACGAUGCUGACAGCGGUGCACACGGAGUUGCUGCGCACCUUGACGCAGCCGGACGUUUCAGUGGAAGACCUUCCCCUUUGCGGUGAGCAACACGAGGGCGACUUUCUUUCUUCUCUUCUCUUCUCGGCGAUGGUGCAGCGCGCACUCGCCACCCCACCCAGCGAGUGGAACUCCACGAAUUACUUCCUGCCACGGGAGCGCUUCGACGGAACGACCGACAUGGCGGCGGCGACGGCGCUGUCACACUGCUGUGGCGGCGUCGCGGCUUCCUUUUCUCAAUCCACGUCGGAGGAGCUGCUUCGACACUCCACAGGACGAUGGCAAUGA